AUGAAUUUCAAAGAGGAUCCAAAAAAUCUAAUAAUUCCCUUAGAUUUGGCUAAGAUCAUUUAUGAUAAGUGGGAUGCUGAUUUGGCUAUCUUGGAUCAGCCUGAUUAAGUUUAUGGAAAAGCAUUACAUGGAAAGGGGGAAGUUACAUUCAAAAAUGGAAAUAAAUAUGAAGGAGAGUUUCAUAAUGGAAUGUUACAUGGUUAUAGUAAAUAACAAUAAUCUAGGUGAGGGCACAUUUACUUGGGCAUCAGGAGUUAUCUAUAAAGGUGAAUUCACAUACAACAAAAUUGAAGGAUAAGGAACAUAUUAAUGGCCAGAAGGGUCUACAUACAGUGGUACAGUAGUGAAUGGAUUGAGACAUGGAUAAGGGAAAUUCAUAACAGCAGAUAAAUCAGCUGUAUAUGAAGGUUAAUGGGAGAAUGGUUUGAGACAUGGUUUUGGAAAGAUUACAUUUAAAAGUGGGUAAGAGUGACAAAUUUGAAAUUUAGUGCUACAUUUGAGGGACAAUUUUAUCAAGGAAAUAAAUCUGGAAAAGGGAAAAUGAUAUAUCCUUCAGGGAAUUAUUACGAUGGAGAUUUCUUAAUGGAUAAGAAAGAAGGUUCUGGAGUGAUGUUUUGGUUGAAUUCAAAUGAAAAGUAUUAUGGAGAAUGGAAGGAUAAUGUAUAAAAUGGUUGGGGAGUUCAUUUAUGGAUUGAACCAAAAGGAGAAGGUUCAAAAUAUCUAAGGAAUAGAUAUGAAGGUGAAUGGGAGAAUGGAGAAAGAAGUGGAGUUGGAGUAUUUUAUUAUGCAAAUGGUGCUAAAUAUAUGGGUAGUUGGAAAAAUAAUCUUAAAUAUGGAGUUGCUCUAUUUAUUACUGAUACAGGUGGUUUUAUUUUAGGAGAAUUUAAAUAAGAUAGACUUGUAAAAGUAUAUGCUACUACUGAAAAUGAAUCAAGAACUGGUAUAUUACCUAGAGAAAUUGCACCAUAAGGUAAUGAAUUAAUUUAAUAACAUGAAAAUCCUAAAGAAGUAACAGAUAAUAAAGAUAAGAAAAAAGAUAACAAAGAUAACAAAGAUAAUAAAGAUAAUAAAGAUAAUAAAGAUAAAGAUAAAAAUAAAAUGGGAAAUACUACUAAAAGACCUGAAAAAUUGGCAGGAAUUAAUAAUCCUAAUAAUCCUAAUCAAACUUAAACUAAUCUCAAUAAGAAUAUUGAAACUAAUCCUUAUUCUUAUAUGAUCGAUUUCUCUGAUUUAUAUAAAGGAUUAUAAGUCGAUUCAUAAUCAAUUGAUCAAAAUGUCUAAACGAUGUUGUUAAGACAUAAUUAUACACUCAAAACAUAAUAUAAAUUCUUUGCAAAUAAAUUUGAAAAUAUGCUCUACGAAGACACUUUUUCUUUAAGUUUAGAGGGAUUUUGGAAAAUAGCUAGAGAUGUAUUAUUAUUAUAUAACUAUUUAUAGGCUAAAUUAUUGAAUCAAAAUUAUUCUCUAGCUGAAUUAAACAGAAAUUUCUUAUAAGGAUCUAAGAAUAAUUAUAGAUUAAAAUAUGAUAGAUAAGAAUUAAAUGUUGAAAUUGAUGUUCUUAGUAGAUAGGGUAGUAAUAUAAAUUUAUAAGAACUUAAUGAUUUAUUUCAUUAAUAGAUGGCUUUUGAUUGUAUAUCAAAUGAUAAAAUCAAUUAUACAGAUUUCUAACUCAAAGAUGUUACAUUCAAAAAGAAAGUUGAAGAUAUUCAUGAUCCUAGAAGAUGUAUUUUGUUUAGACAUUUUAUUGAACUAAUUGUUAGAUUAUCAUAUUUAAAAUAUGGUAAUCUUAUUGAUUUACACAGAGCUAUUGAGAGAGUAAUUAUAAGUAAAUUGACACCAUAUUUUGAAAGAAAGAAGGGUAAAUAAAAUCAAUCUUUAGAUGAUACAAAAAAAUCAACUCAUCCUAAAAUUAUUAUUGGAGAUUUUAUUGAUGAAAUUAAACCAAUAUUUGAUAUCUGGUCAAUUGAAAAUAGAGAAACAUAAUUCGGAUUUACAGAUAGAACUAUUAAUUUAGAAUAAAUUUAUAAACUUCUUAAUGCUUCUGAAUAAGAUAAAGCUAUAUUAAUUGGUUAUGUUGAUAAAAACUUCGACACAGAUGAAGGUUAAAUAACUUAAUAAUCCAUUUCAUAAAUUGAUUAAUCUUCUGUAAAUCAAACAAUCAGAGAAGAUGGUAAUAAACGUAGAAAGAAAUAAUAAGAUUAAACAGCAGAAAAAGAUUAAAAAAAGACCUUAGAAAAAGCAACAUCUAUUAUUAAAUAUGAAUUAUUACUCUUUGAAUUUACAGAUAUUCUAACUUAGUUUCUAGUUAAAAAAGUAAUCAAAUUAUUAUAUAUUAUUUAUAGCAUAAAGAUUUACAUACCAAUAAGGAGGAUGAAUUUAAACUUAGAAUGAGCAAUCAUAUCAAAAAAUUAAAAAAUCGUAAACCUCCUACUUUAACUAAAUUUAAAUAACCAAGAUUAGAACCAUAGACAUAAAAAGAUAUUUAGAAAGAAUAAUUAAAAUAAUUAAGAAUUCAACAAGAAAUCAAAGCAAGACAACGAAAACUAUUAGAGGAAGAAAGAAGAUAAGAGUAUUAUUAUUUUUUAUAUUUAUUUUAAUAGAGAACGAGAGAGAAAUUUAAUGGCAUUAGAAGAUAACGAUAUUAAAUCAGAACAUGAUGAUGAAGAAGUAGAAAGCGAAGAAAGUGAUUAUUGA